CCUGCUUGCUGUGGCAUCUCAGGGAGCUAGAAGAAUAAACAGGCAGCCUGAAAACUGCCCUGGCUGCCAGGGAUUCCAUGGGCUUGGGUUGGGUGGGCUGACUGGUGUCUGCUGAUGGCCACUCAAAUCAGAGGGCUUCAGAUGCCCUCGCUGUACAGAGCAAGAUUGAUAGUGUGUUUAUACUCAGACUUGAUAAACAUUUAGUAAGCACCUGCUGUAUGUUUGGCAAUUUUACCUGCAUUACCUCAUAUAAUUCAGAAAACUCAUGUGGCAGAGAUUCUUAGAUGAGACUCAAAGAAGGAAAGUGACUUGUCCCAAUUCACACAGCUAAUAAGAAGGGGUAGGGACAGAACUUGCCUUACCCCACCUCCUGCCUGACAGAGUGCCUGUUAUCCAGAGGUCCUUGGCAGCAGGGGACCUUUUCUCCCUCUUACAGACACUGGCUGUCUUGGUGAUUCAGACCCCUACAUGUUAGCCCUAAUUCUACCAAGUUUUCUUUUUUCUUUUCUUUCUUUCUUUCUUUUUUUUUUUUUUUGAGACGGAGUCUCGUUCUGUUGCCAGGCUGUAAUGCAGUGGCGUGAUCUCGGUUCACUGCAACCUCCACCUCCCGGAUUCAAGUGAUUCUCCUACUCAGCCUCCCGAGUAGCUGGGACUACAGGCAGGCACCAUCAUGCCCAGCUAAUUUUUGUACUUUUAGCAGAGACGGGGUUUCACCAUGUUGUCCAGGCUGGUCUCGAUCUCUUGACCUCGUACCUGCCUGCCUUGGCCUCCCAAAGGGCUGGGAUUACGGGUGUGAGCCACCCCACCCAGCCAAUACUACCAAGUUUUCUAAAAGGAAGCACGUUGUGGUAUAUAACUAAACCUCUUCUGUUCAUUUCAACUGUUUCAGGUUCUGAUACCUGCUUCUUAUAGUUUGGACCCUGCUUUGGUCUGGUCCUCCCCUGAUCAAGAUGGUGGCUGCAAGGCCAUUUUCAAAAUGAUGGCCUUGUCCACUGAACUUCUUGCUCUCAGGAAAGGUUGACAGUCUUCAGGCAGAAUUCCCAGCAACCUCCUGCAGGGUUUGAGUUAGCCUAGGGGUGGAAGAGUGAAAGGCAGACUUGGAGAAGGAGAAUGAUGGACAAACAAACAAGAAAGGGGCUUUUUCUCAUCCUGGCAAGCCAAGAGGAGUUAGUUCUGCAGUUCUAGGAAGGUAAAUUUUGUACAAUACAUCACACAGAAUUUACCUUCAUGGCUACUGUCUCCUUAUGAUAUGGACAGGAGGCAGGGAAAUACUAGGCAGAAAAGGGUGGGGCCCCCUGGUGAAGCCCUACCCUCAAGCCUGGAUGCGUGGCCCAAAGUGAGAACAUGCAUUCCUGUUUUCCUGCCCAAAUUUUGCCUUUUCCAAAACUAACCUGGUCUGCCCCACCUCCCAUCCUGUAGCCAUAAAAACCCCAGGCUCCACUGGCAGAGGAGCAGGGCAGAGAGGUGGAGUGGCAGAGUGGCAGGAAAGGAGAGAAGAGAAGGAGCUGAAUGUCCAAGAGAAGCAACUUGAUUUCACAGGGAUGGCUUGGCAGUGGGACCUCGGAGAAGAGUUCGGCCGGAGAUGGCCGAACUCCAGGGGAAGACUACCUUCCCACUCAAUCCCCUUUCCAGCUCCCCAUCCCACUGAGAGCCACUUUAAUUGGCAAUAAAAUCCUCCACAUUUAUUAUCUUCAAUUCACUUGUGCACCCUGAUUCCUGCUGGAUGCCAGGCAAGGACCAGGGUGCAGAUGCAACAGGCUGUCACACUGACCCUCCACUGAGCUAACACUUAAGCCAUCCACAGAUGCCAAAACUAAAAGAGCACAUUGUAACAUACGCCCUCUGGAGCUCUGGGGCUCAUAGACAAUCCCUAGACACUGCUGCGGGCUUGCAUGGAGUUCUCCUCCUGCCGAUUGCCCAUAAGUGCUCAUCCUGGCCUCUGAACCCACUCACCUGCGUGCUCCCCAUCCUGUGAGGGGUUGAGAGCUGUAGGCUGAAUAAAUGAGCCAACCCCUUCAUGAGUCCCACAAAGGGGUUAAGGGAACUAUCCCAUUUCACUCAGAUGCAGAGAUCACCGCAGCAUGAUAAGUGGGAAGAUCUAUGAUUACUGUUUGGCAGAUAAUAAUCGUACCUUACACUUACUGAGCACUCCUGGUGUAUUUGACACCAUACAAAGUGCUUUGUGACGAUAUUACAAUUGUCACCGUCAUUCACGUUUUUCAGAGGAGGCUUCUGAAGAGCAGAGAGGUUAAAUAACUUGUCCAACAUCACACAGACAGCAAGAGCCAUAGCCCAAGGAUCAAACACAGACUUCUUAAUUCUAAUACCAGGGUGAGUUCCAUUAUAGCAGGAUUUUCUUUCAAACCAAGAUAAAUUAGAUGUCCUUUAUUUAUUUAUAGCAAGUUAUUUAUAGGUCUUAUGGAAUAUUUAAGAUUAGAAGGAACAGAGCUAGGAUCCAGUUCAAUGGUUUGAGGGAUAUGUAAGCUGUAGUUACAUUCCUCAUUCUCUUUUUUUUCAUCAGUCACCUGGCUAAUGAAAUUCACAGAUGUGACAGUGUCCCUAUGCUGUGAUCAGCUUGGGUUACUAAUUGUCAUAACCAUGGAUAAAGAACAUCAGCUGUGGCAGUUUAUGGUUGGCUAUGGCAUACAUAGGAUAGGCUGUGGGUCAUGGGCAUUUCUUCUUUCAUUUCUUUAUUCAACCCAUAUUUAUUGAGGACCUACUAUGUGCCAGGCAUUUUUCUGGGCCCUGGGGAUCGAGGGCUGAAUAAAACUGACAUAAAGCAGCAUAAACAAGUCAAACAUAUCAUGAUCUAAGUAUGCUAAGUGUUGGGCAUCAACUUCCAGUAUGGCAGUGUGAGGAGCAUGGUAGACUCUUUAAUCAACAAAACAAUCAUUUGCCGAAAAUUAUUUUAAAAUAUAAGCAACCUUUUAAAGUUUCUGGAAAUUGUCCCAAGGGUAUACAACAAAUGGGAAAACACAAGGAAAUCUAAAUCUUAGUAAGAAGAGUGAGAGUCUAUGGCAUUUUAACCAUGAUCCUCUCUUCUCCAGGUACCCCUGCCACGUACUGCCCCUCCCCCCACUACACACACACAACGCAGAUCAGUGUGAUGGAAACUCCACUCUGGGUGUGUUCAGUCAAGCAGAUUGGGCUCUUUCUCCACCUAGCUUCUAGUCUAGGGCUAUGCUUUCACACUGGGAGGGGCAGCCUGAAAGACUGGCAACACCCUACCCUUGCUAAGGAACCCAGCUUUCAUCAGAUCAGACUGUGGAACAAUUUAUGCCAAAAGGAAUUGUCAAAACAAUAGAACAAUCAGCUAGUGAUUAGUGGAGGUUAACUGUUGGGCGUGAUAUCAAUAGGAAAACUGGUCUCAGGCCCUCCGGAGGGACAUCAGAAGCUGCACACUGCCAGGGAAACAGACUUCGCUCAACUUGUCUGCCUAGCCACUAGACAAAUAAGCAAACAACAACAGAAAGCUCCAGAAGGGGGGCAGGGUGGUGGUGCACAGUCAAUAUCCAGAAUUGCUAUAAUAUAGUAUCUACAAUGUCCAUUUUUCAACAAAAUAUUUUGAGACAUGCAAAGAAACAGAAAAGUGUGACCUAUAUACAGGAAGAAAACAAAAGUAACUGCCCGUGAGAGGGUCCAAAUGUUGGAGCUAGCAGGCAAAGACUUCAAAGCAACAAUUAUAAAUGUGUUCAAAGAACUACAUGAAACUUUCUAAACAAUUAAAAGAAGGCGUGAUGACAGCAUCUCAUCAAGUAGAGAAUAUCAAUGAAGAGAAAUUGUUAGAAAAGAAUUAUAAAAAUGAAAAUUUUGAAUUGAAAAGUAUAAUAACUGGAAUGAAAAAUUGACUAGAGGGGUUCAAGAGUAGAUUUUAAUCUGGUAGAAGAAAAAUAUUGGCAAAUUUGAAGGUAGGUCAAUAAAGAUUGUGUACUCUGAAGAGCAGAGAAAAGAGAGUGAAAAUAAAUAAACAGAGCUCCUAAGAAAUGUGAGAUACCAUCAAGCACACCUACAUAUGCUUACUGGGACAAGUAGAAGAGGAGAGAGAAAAAGCUGAAAAAAUAUUUGAAGAAAUAAUGGUAGAAGACUUCCGAAGUCUCAUGAAAAGUAUUAGUCUACACAUCCAGGAAGCCAAAGUACUCCAAGUAGGUAAGCUCAAAGAGAUUCACACUCAAACACCUCAUAAUCAAAAUGUUGAAAGACAAAAAGAAAAUCUUGAAAACCGCAAGAGAAAACAACUCAUCACUUACAAGGGAACGACAGCUGACUUUGUAGUUCUGGCAGAGACCUAGAAGAAUGCUCUUAAAAAGCAGAACUGAAGUACAAGGGAAAAAAGAAAAAAUAGAUAAAUGAACUUUAUCAAAAUUAAAAAUCUUUAUGCUUCAAAGACACUAUCAAGAAAAAGAAUAUACCCCACAUGAUGGGAGAAAACAUUUAUAAAUCAUAUAUCUAAUAAGGGACAUGUUCCCAGAAUAUACAAGGAACUUUUAUAACUUACUAAUUUUAACACAUGUGUGCCCAAUUUUAAAAUGAGCAAAAAAUUUGAAUAUACGUUUCUCCAAAGAAGGUAUGCAAAUAGCCAACACACAUAUGAAAAGAUGUUUAACAUUAUUAGCCAUUAAGCAAAUGCAAAUAAAAACCACUAUGAGGUAUUACUUCAUACCCACUAGGAUGACUGUAAUAAAAAAGACAAUAACAAGUUUUGGCAAAGAUAUGAAGAAAUGGGAAGCUUCAGAUAUCACUUGUGAGAAUGUGAAACUGGAGUAGCACUUUGAAAAACUGCUUGAUGGUUCUAUGAAAUGUUAAACCUAGAGUUAUAUGACCCAGCAAUCCCACUACUAGAUAUGUAUCCAAGGAAAAUAAAAAGCAUGCAUCCCCACAAAAACUUAUACAUGAAUGUUCAUAGUAGCAUUAUGUGUAAUCAUAAAGACUGGAAACAACCCAAAUAUCCAUCAAUUGAUGAAUAGAUGAAUAUGAUGUAUAUUAGUACAAUGGAAUAUUACUCUGUCAUAAAAAGAAUGAAAUUCUGAUAUAAGCUACAGAAUGAACCAAAAAUACACUAGGUGAAGAGCCAGGCACAAAGGGCCACAUAUUAUAUGUUUCCACUAAUAUAAAAUGUCAAGAAUAGGCAACUCUAUAGAGACAGAAAGUAGAUUAGUGUUUGCCUAGGCCUGGAGCAGUGGGACAAAGUGGGGAGUGACUACUGCUUACUAGAGGGUUUCUUUUUGGAUUGAAGAAAGUUUUAAAGUUAGAUUGUGGUGAUGGUUGUACAACCCUAUGAAUAUACUUAAAUGGGUGAGCUGUAUAGUAUAUUAAUUAUAUUUCAAUAUAACUCUUCUUAAAAGGAUCUAAGGAGAAAAAUAAAGUAGGGAAUUGUUUGGCCAUGUUAGUAAGAUGCGGGAAGGAUGACAAUCUCAGAUAGGAUGGAAAGCCUUAGCCCUCACCAAGGUGACAUUAGACUUGAAAUAGUGACAGAGCAAGCCACAUGACUUUCUGCAGGAGGAAUAUUUCAGACAAGUGCAAAGACCAGGAGGCACACAUGUGCCUGGCAUGUUUGAGGGCCAGUGUUCAUGUGACAGGAAGGGAGACAGUAGCAGGAGACAGUGUCGGAGAAGCAAUAGGACCUAGAUCUCCAGGGACUUAUUCUGAGAUGAGCAGCAUCACCAAUGGAGUCUUGAGCAGAAGCAUGGCAUGCUGCAAUGUUUGUUUUCAGAGAAUCAAGAUGACUGCAGCUUUGUGAAUAGACUGAAGGGGAGCAAUAAUAGACCAGGUAGGAGGCAAGAGUUGAUGGUGACUUGGAACUUCAUCCAGGAGAGAAAUGGCAGUGGCAUGGACCAGUGUGAUGAUGGUGGAGGAAAGAUAUUAGAUCCUGUGUAUAUUUUGACAGUAGAGCUAACGGGAUUUGCCAAGGGCUGGAAAAUGUUCAGUGUCAAGGACCAGAGUGUAAAUGUAUUAGCUUUGCAGGCUGUACGUUCUCUGUUACAAUGACUCAACCCUGCCAUUGUAUCAUGAAUGCAGCCAUAGAUAGCACAUAAUGAAUGGUCAUGAUUGUGUUCCAAUAAAAGUAUUUGCAAAAACGUGAAGCAAACCAGAUUUGGCCUGUGGGAUAUAGUUUGUCAACCUCCUCUGGAUUAGAUGUCAGGGGUGAAGGAUGGCUCAAAGGUAUUUGUUCUCAUCCAUUGGGAGUGUGGAGCUGCCAUUAACUGAGAUAGCAAAGACUACAGAUGGAGCAGAUUGUGGGGGAUAUGGUGUGGACUCAAUUGGGAAUUAAGAGAUGGAGAUGUGACAUAGGCAGUUGGUCUUGAGGUCAUGGAAAAGGUCUGGCCUUGAGUCAUCAGCCUAAAGGUGUGUUUAAGACCCUACCCUAGACCAGAGAAGCAAAUGUAGAUAUACAGGAGUCCCAGGACUUAGCCGCAGGUUCUCCAGCAUUAAGCUCUCAAGGAGAUUAGCAUGAGCCAGCAAAAGAGCCUGAGAAGGAGCAGCCAGAGGGUAGGAGGGAAAGCAGGAGAAUGUGGCAUCCUGGAAGCAAAGCUAAGAAGUGUUUCAGUGAGCUGAACCCCAUCCUUUCCUUUCCCACUCACAAGAGUAUGUUGGAAUGCAAAUGAACAGAGAGAUAUUCUUACAGGAAUAAUCCUGAAAUUCCUCUAAUUUCUAGAUUAGAAGAAGCAUUGUCAAGCUUUUUAUUAAUUCAAAAAAAUGUUCAUUAGCUGUCAGGCCACAAAGCAGUAGAUCCUUUGAAUAGAAUGGUGAGCCACAAAAGGCAUGGUCUCUGCUCUUAGGCCACAUAGAGUCUGGUUAGUAAGAGAGAGAGGUUAAUCACAUAAUCGUUAACAUUGACCAAGGAUGGAUCAUCAUAACUAACCAAGGAUGUAGAACUGUGAACCAGAAUGAGAGUCCUAAGGGAAAGGGCACACAUCUAAGAGUGCAACACUCUAUGUACUCUUCCCUUGUACAAAGGAAUUGAUCUAAUCUGAUGGCCCAGGGAACCUUCUAUGUUUUUCUGUUUUUAAUAACACAUUAUUUCCCACACUUCACACCCUAAUGGGAACACACCUGGUUUUUGUUUUUGUUUUCGUUUUUGUUUUUAGAGGAAAUUUGUGAUCCUCUGAAGUAAAGGAAAGAAUAUGGGUUUUGUCAUCACACCCAAGACCAAACUUCAGCUGUGGACCCCUGCAUCAUUCUUUUAUCCUCUUUGGACCUCUGCAUCUUCAUCUGUAUGAUAGGGGAUAAUAAAUGCUACAUUUUUGGUUUAUGGUGAGGACUAAAUGAGAUAAAGUAUGCAAGAUGUCUGGUAUGUCCAGUCCUCCUCAUUCCUUUAGAAAAACAAUAUUUUAGUUUGUACAUCUGUGACAUUUUGUAGUAAUAAUUUUUCUUGAGCAGGUCUUUGUUGCCAGUUUGCUACUUUAUGAGGCAGAGAGUUUUUAGCCUUUUUCUAGGAUAUCAUUCAUUUUGCCAAUGUUCUCUUCCAAGAGAAACGUGUAGGAACCUGAGUGUUCGUAUUUAGGGAAUACUGAAAAACCAAAGCAUCCCUGUACAGAUCUUUGUUGUUCUCCCAGUCCUUUACAUAAAGAAAAUGCAGGUUUCAGCUGUUUAAUGAAAAUUAGUAGUUCCCAAAACCUGCCAUUAUAAGUGCAGCUUUCUUUGUCUAAGGAAAAACCAUUUGCUAGCACAUCAUGUCAGUUUAACAAUAUUUUCAUGGAAAUGUGCAAUGGUAUGCCUAGUGAAAUCAUUGAUGCAAUCUUUAAUGUUUUUGUGGGGAGGGAGCAAAAUCUUUAGCACUCUUUCAUUUUGAUGUGCACAGUCUAGCCUGUCCAUAUUUCUCAUUUUAAUUAAUGUAAUUAAAAGAGGAUAAAAGGCUGUGUUAAAAUUUUGUGUGUUAGAUUAUCGGGAUCAAGAAUAAUUAAAAUGUAUGAAAUGUGACAGAUUCCUAAGAUGAUAGGGAAAAAGGAAGGCCCCUUUUCUGAAUUUAAAUUGUACCAAAUUAUUUUUCACAAGAUUUAGAAAUGUCCAUGGAUAAGAAGCGUUUAUGAUAUGGAAUCUUCACAAAUGGACAAGACAGAAGGCUUGAGGGGGUGCUUGUCCUUAUGUUAUCAUGAACAGUUUUAUCAUUUAUAUUUGCAGCUCUCCUUCCUGUUGCCUUCUUUGGAAACCAAGUGGAGAAUAAUAUUGAUUUAACACCUACUAUAUGCUAGGUACUCUACACAGUACUUUAUAUAUCUCAGUUCAUCUAAUCUUACCGAAGCCUUUGAUAAAGAGAUGUCUCCAUUUUAUAGAUGGUGAAACUGAGGCUUAGAGGUGAGGUAGCUGUCAUCUGCUAGGUCAUGCUGCUAGGAGGUAAUUGGGCCAGAUGUGAAUUCAGGUCUUUUUUGUUGGAGUUUUUCAAUGACAAUACUCUGCCCGUUGCAGGAGGCAGAUUAUCAGUAUGGAUUAGAAAUUGGCUAGAAACUGUUGAGGAUAACUCUUUUGAGCAUUUCUUUUUUAUGAAUGCAGCUAUGCAUCUUUACCUACAUUGUAGAAGCUUCACAUGUUUCAAAUAUUUAUUUUCUGUAUGGUUACAUGGGUUGCCUGUUGUUGCUUGAAAGUUAAUUAAAAUUUACAAUAUUUUCUUUUUCUUUGUUCUGAGGUAAAACAGAUGCAACUUUGAUCUCUAAUACUCAUUUAGGACUAUCAUAGUUUUUUAAAUGUUAAACAUUCCUUUGUUUAAAGGCAUUACGUGUUUAAUAGAUUGUAUUUUGUUUUGUUUAAUGUUUUUACAUAGCACAAAUUAAAAUGGACAGCUAUGGCAGACAUUACUGGGGUCCUCCAUUGUCUGUUUUCCCUGUUCUUUGUGAGCAUGCAGUUCCCAGCCUCCUUGCAGCUGGGUGAGGUCAUGAGACUAGUUUGACCACUAGAAGUGAUAUCAUUCAUCUCCAGGCUGAGGCACCUAAAAGCCUCUUCAGUUCUCUCUUCUGCUGUUGUUGUAACUUGGAAAUUAUUCACUGAGAUCACAGAGGCACAAGAAGGAAGCAGAGUAGAUCCCUGAGUCGCUACUUAGAAUGGAGUACCUGGAAAACCUCUGGGCCUCCAACCAACUUUGCCUGAGAGAGAAAUCAAACUUUCUUGUGUUAAGCCAUUGACAUCUGGGAUCGUAUGUUACUGCAUCAUCACCUAUGCUAGACCAACUUACAUGACAAUUCUUUGUCAGCCUCCUCUCCCACAUUUACUUUAUUAGACUUUGAAAUCUAAAUAUCAGGAUUACUCUUGAGUAAAAUAUUUAAAAGCACGCACACACAGAAAUGCACACAUUUGAAAAGGGAAAACUCAUUAGAUGAGUGGUUUGAAACUUUGGUAAUAUCCCUUACAACAAUUAGAAUUUCCCAAUAGCAGGGCCAGAAGGUAGUAAUCUAAAUGAGCUAGGAUGAGUGAUGUCUGUCUUUUUAAAGUUCUCCAAAAACUGAAACACUGCCAUUUCCUUGAGUGACCCAUGUCAGUUCUUAUCUCAAUAUUCAGAAGUCUUCCUUAGGUCCAAGAAAGAUUUUAAAUGACCUAAAGAGGAAUUGAGGACCCUCUUUAGGUCGUUUCAAUCCAUUCCUUCUUAUUUUAUACCUGUAGAAACAGAGAUUUAAAACUUGUUCAUUGCAGCCUUCCUCAUUACAGCUCUUCAUCUAGGAGGCUACCACCCUUCCUGUCACUUACCCUUCCCUUCUGUAACCUGACCAGUAGAGAUGUACUUGACCUUUCCCUGUAAUCCUCUAACAAGAUGCUGCCUAAAGCUGUCUAGAAUGGAAAGAUGAUUUGAUUAUCCAGCAUGCAUGGAGCUGUCUCUUUGUUAUUACCUGCCAGUGUCAUGUUGGUGCUAUUUUGCUGUCUUGUGUCCAUGCAGACGUCUCUUAAUUAUGCAUUUGUGUUCAUAAUUUUCCUUCCUACUCAUGUUCUUGUUCCUGCCUGGAACACCUCUAGCAGAAGGUGAAUUUGACUAACGUCAAAUUUUUGCAGCCUUUUUGUACUUCUGGAUUUUGUGUCAUGCUUAGUAAGGCCUUCCCCCACUAUAAAAUUGUUUUUUAAUUCCAAAAAAGUAAAAGUGUUUUUGACCUUGGGCCUGACCCAGAUCAUACUUUUCCUGGUUCCUGAUCACCUCUGCCAUAAUUAAUUUUGUCUUCCUUGUCCUUUUUCCUAUAUACUAUACGCAAUUAUGGUCAUUUGUAUAAAUAUCCUAUCAUUCUACCUAAACAGAAAGUUCUGAAGGUCGACAGUUGCAUCCUUGUCUCCUGACAAGAGUGUCCUCCGCUUCACAAAUCCCUAAUAAACAUUUGGUUGAGUUUCUCAUAUGUAUUACCUGUUCUUCCCUGCCUUUACUCGCAUGAAGUUUGCUGUCAUGAAUGUGGAAUUUCACUGUUUUUUAGAAAAACAAUGAGUUUUGUUCCUAUUUACUAGGUCUCUGAAAUUUUUAAAGUAGUUUUUUCUCACUUUUUCUAAUACCUACCAGUAUAAUUUGUAAAAAAAAAAAAAAACCUCAUUAGAGUGGUCUCCAGGAUGAAAAUAAUGACCACAGGGAAUUAACAAUCUGUGGAUUUUGUAAUUUUAAUAUUCUGUGUAAGUGUGAUGCAUAGAUAUCCAGCUUCCUCAUCACCAAGCUGAGCUCACAGAGCGUGUGCUGGCAAAAGGACUUGGGCAGCAUGCUUUUGUGCCAUCCCUCUCUUGAAUGCAAUUAGGCCUUUGAGGACUCUGCAUGCCUCCUACCAUAACACACACCCCAUUCUACUCUAAUUGCCUACUUAAUUGUCUUCUCUCUGAUUGCCAAGCUCUUUUAAGGCAGGAUCCCUGUGUAUCUUGGUCACCAUGUUGUCUCCAGACCCUAGCACAGUGACUGGCAAAUAGUAGGAGCUUAUGUAAUGAGUGAAUGGAUAUAUGAAUGAAUGGGUGAAGCAUGUAUUCAUCUCAAAAAUAUAGUUGUCUUGUCCUGGUGUAUAGUUUCAGAAGAGGGAGCCCACCUCUUGGUCAUUUUUACUCCUUUAUUUCCUAGAUUCAUAGCAAUUCAAAGCAUUUGUAUUGUAUCAUAUGGAAAAUGGCAUAUCAGUGGCUCACCCACAUUAGAUAGAACUUUGAGAUAUGCUCUAGGAAUAAAGAUAAUUUUGCAGUCUUCCCUUUACCGCUUUCUCCCCACCUUUUGAAUUUUGACUGGUUACUUAACUAAUUUGCGCUGAAGUUAAUGGUGGAAGCAUGAUUGUUUCUAUUAAUAUUACCAAUAGCUAACACUUAUUGAGUGUUUGCUAUGUAACAGGCUCAGUGUUAAAUGUUUCACAUUAAUUCUCAUUGGAUUCUCCCAACGGCCCCAUGAAGGUAGGCACUAUCAUUAUGCCCUAGGUUACAUGUAAGGACCUCAGGCCUCAAGUCAUAGACCUAGCAAGUGUCAGAGCCAGAGUCUGACCCCAGGCAAUCCAUUUUAGACUCCAUGUUAUGAUGUUAAUUCUUAUGAAGUUGGUAGUGAUGUGUCACAUCUGUUCCAAGUGAAGAGUAAUCUCUUGCUAUGUUUCAGCUGUCUUCUUUAUCUCAUUGUUGAUCACCUGUGAAUUGCCUCUUGUAUGACCAUGCUGAGCAUGAGUAGAUGAGAGAGUAGUGUACCCAUUUUUAAGAAACUGAGGCAUGGUAAGUUGAAGUGACUUGUUCGUGGCCACACUGGGUUAGAAUGUCACUGCUUCCACUUGGCUACUGGGGGCCCCAAACUGUUAGACUUGUUAAUUGACUUUUUGAAGGAUAUUGAGGUCUGGGGAGAUCAUCUGCCUCCCUACACGCUCUGAGUUCUGUGUGAUGGAAACUGAAGGCUGAGUGUUAUUCAUUUGCUUGUAUUUUAUUUCUCUUACUGAGACGUUAUUCCAGGUCUCAUGAUUUUCACCAUGAAAGGUCUUCUGGGAACUAGAGAGAAGCAUUCUGAAAGAAGUUAUUAAGCAUUAUUAAUACAAUUACGUACAACAAAAGACAUAAUUUAACUUCCCCACAUCCAACAAAGAAAUUCAUUUGAAGCUUCAGCUUCCACUGCAGCUGGAAGGGCAGAGCUCAUCACAGUGGGUUCCCCAGGCGGGGGAGUGUGGGCAAGGAGCCGUGCUAGUUGCUUUGUCCUUUGGGACACUUCUGUGCAUGAUGGAAUAUUCCUCACUCCCAGCCUCCCCAACCUUUCCCUCACCCUUCACUUUCGCUCACAGUGGUUCCUUAUCACAGGCACAGAGUCCAGAAUAUUGCCUGGCUCUUGCCUCUCUCCUGGCCCGGGAUACUGCACAGGCAGCAUUGAAGGAAUAUAUGAUUUUAAACAAUUAAAGAUGACCAUGGAAAUACUCAGAUGCUAGGAACAGUGAUCAGCCUAGUAGAUAGUAUGCCUCGGUGAAUUUUUCUAACUUCAUUCAAACUAUCAGAAAUAGCUAUUGAGUAUGUGAUAUUGUGUUAAUCUUCACCAUAGUUCUAUUCAAUAUUUUACUUUCUUUAAUUGCAGUAGCCCAUAAGGCCCUUGAAAGCAGAGACUGUGUUUAUACCUAGUCUUUAGAGCUGUGCAUGGCAUAGAGUAUGUGCUUAGUAAAUAUUUAUUGAAUGAGUGAAUGGUACAGUUGAGGUUAUUGAAGAUCCCACAAGUUAAGUUACUUGCCUAAGAUCACACUGCUAGCAGGAAGGAAAGGCAGGAUUUGAACACAGGGCUCUCCAAAUGUAUAGAUUCCUUUCUUCCAGAUUGCUUGGUUAGGCCGCCUAGUGGUGUAUAAAAAUGGAGAUCAGAGACCCCAAAUGUAUUCAACAAAAGCUCUAUCUGAGGUCUAGGAAAUGUGGAUUCUGACCCAUCCUUGCUGAAAUCCUGGUGUGACUUUACAAAAGUCCUUUCUCCAGUUGUCUCCAUUUUCUAAUCUGUAAAAUGAGGAGACGGAAGCAAUGCUCUCUGAGGGUCUCAGGGUCUUCAGAUGCCCUGGGAAGGUUUAUGCUUUGUCUUCUUCUGCAGUUGGAAUUGGGGUAAGGGGUUAAAGGGCAGCUGACUAACUCACCACCCAAGCACGUGAGGAAAGGAGUCACUUGUGCUUUAUUUCAAGGUGCACAAAAACUCAAAGGUGACAUAGUCUUAGGCCAAAAAACAAGCAACACCCGAAAAUGAAAGUUGAAGAGAGAAGAGAAAGAAAAAAAAAAAAAAAAGGAGAGGCAUUUGAAGGCUUGACACAGCAUUUAAUUAAAAAAGAGUGCUCUGAUUCCACUCCUAGGUUGGUGCAGCAUGUAAUCUGAAACAGGCACUCAGGUUGAUAAUUGUGCCCAGAUCUGAACCUUGGCACAUAAGAGCACAGCUUUUAAGAAGAAAAAAAAUAGGCAUGUGUCUUUAAAGCCUCUCUUCUUAUAUGUGAUUUUUUUCAUGCUCAUUUGGAGGCUACGUAGCUGGGCCUUUGCAUCCAGCAAAGGCUUCCUUCCCCUCUCCCUGGCUUGGGGAUUAUUGAUUUGGAAGGCAAGGCUAAUUUACAUGUAAAUAAAUCUCAGCACUGGGCAGCAGGAUGGGACGUCCAGAUGCCGUGACUGACUUGCUGACAUCACAGCUUCAUUAGCAUGCGGAGGAUGCAAGCACUGCAACAGCGACUUCUCAGGCACCACCAGCAGCGCCACCGAGAGUUAUUAUUAUUUUUUGACCAAGCAGCACAUUUCCUGGUUCAGUGGCUUGAGCUCUGUGAGCAGCUGACUAGUCACCCCGGGUCUGGCUCAGGAUCAGCUGGUGACGCUGGGCUGGAGUCUAUGACUUCUUCCUUCAGAUUGUCAUGAAGAAGGGGAGUUAAGAGGAAACUGGGGGUCCUCCGGAAGGCGAUCUGAGCACUCAGGCUGAUCUAGAGGAAGAGUAGAAGUCAUACUUUUUUUCUCCUGCUUGGUGAAUUCCCCAGCAGAGUCUGGAUCCAGCAGUGCUGUUUUCCCUGAGGGAAUGUGGAGCAGCUCGGCUUGAGUCUGUUGCCAGCUUCAGGAAGGGUUCAGACUGAAAAGGGGGUUUGAGGAGAAGAUGCUUUGGCUGCCUGAGGUCCUGCUUGCGUUCUUAGAAGUCAGAUCCAGGGAGAAAGUGAACUGGGACAAUUAACAAGCUCCAAGGGUCUGGCAGAAGCUUCCUCCGAGACUGGGCAUUUCAUCCUCCCUGGAGGUGGGAAGAUCUGCCUGCACUGCAAGUGUCCCCAGGAGGAGCACAUGGUGACAGUGAUGCCGCUGGAGAUGGAGAAGACCAUCAGCAAACUCAUGUUUGACUUUCAGAGGAACUCGACCUCAGACGAUGACUCAGGCUGUGCUUUGGAAGAGUAUGCCUGGGUCCCACCGGGUCUGAAGCCUGAACAGGUACACCAGUACUAUAGCUGUCUCCCAGAAGAGAAAGUCCCUUAUGUCAACAGUCCUGGAGAGAAACUGCGAAUCAAGCAGCUACUACACCAGCUGCCGCCACAUGACAAUGAGGUUCGAUAUUGCAACUCCCUGGAUGAGGAAGAGAAGAGGGAGCUGAAGCUUUUCAGCAGCCAGAGGAAACGCGAAAACUUGGGCCGUGGGAAUGUCAGGCCUUUCCCAGUCACCAUGACAGGAGCUAUUUGUGAACAGUGCGGAGGCCAGAUCAAUGGUGGAGACAUCGCUGUGUUUGCGUCACGCGCUGGCCACGGUGUUUGCUGGCACCCGCCGUGCUUCGUAUGCACUGUCUGCAAUGAGCUCCUGGUGGAUCUGAUCUACUUUUACCAAGAUGGGAAGAUAUACUGUGGCAGGCACCAUGCUGAGUGCCUGAAGCCGCGCUGUGCUGCCUGCGAUGAGAUCAUCUUUGCAGAUGAAUGCACAGAAGCUGAGGGGCGACACUGGCACAUGAAACACUUUUGCUGCUUCGAGUGUGAGACAGUGCUGGGCGGCCAGCGCUACAUCAUGAAGGAGGGAAGACCCUACUGUUGCCACUGCUUCGAGUCCUUGUAUGCAGAAUAUUGUGACACCUGUGCCCAACAUAUAGGUAUCGACCAAGGUCAAAUGACCUAUGACGGCCAACAUUGGCAUGCCACUGAGACCUGUUUCUGCUGUGCUCACUGCAAGAAAUCCCUCCUGGGGCGGCCAUUCCUCCCGAAGCAGGGCCAGAUAUUCUGCUCACGGGCCUGCAGUGCUGGGGAAGACCCCAAUGGUUCUGACUCCUCUGAUUCCGCCUUCCAGAACGCCAGGGCCAAGGAGUCCCGGCGCAGUGCCAAAAUUGGCAAGAACAAGGGCAAGACGGAGGAGCCCAUGCUGAACCAGCACAGCCAGCUGCAAGUGAGUUCUAACCGGCUGUCAGCCGACGUAGACCCCCUGUCACUGCAGAUGGACAUGCUCAGCCUGUCCAGCCAGACACCCAGCCUCAACCGGGACCCCAUCUGGAGGAGCCGGGAAGAGCCCUACCAUUAUGGGAAUAAGAUGGAGCAGAAUCAGACCCAGAGCCCUCUGCAGCUCCUCAGCCAGUGCAACAUCAGAACUUCCUACAGUCCAGGAGGGCAAGGGGCUGGGGCCCAGCCCGAAAUGUGGGGCAAGCACUUCAGCAACCCCAAAAGGAGCUCGUCACUGGCCAUGACAGGACAUGCUGGCAGCUUCAUCAAGGAAUGCCGAGAAGACUAUUACCCGGGGAGGCUGAGAUCUCAGGAGAGCUACAGUGAUAUGUCUAGUCAGAGUUUCAGUGAGACCCGAGGCAGCAUCCAAGUCCCCAAAUAUGAGGAGGAAGAGGAAGAGGAAGGGGGCAUGUCCACUCAGCAAUGUCGGACCCGUCAUCCCAUCAGUUCCCUGAAAUACACAGAGGACAUGACGCCCACAGAGCAGACCCCUCGGGGCUCCAUGGAAUCCCUGGCCCUGUCUAAUGCAACAGGCCUCUCUGCUGAUGGUGGUGCCAAGCGCCAGGAGCACCUAUCCCGAUUUUCCAUGCCUGACCUCAGCAAAGACUCUGGAAUGAAUGUGUCUGAGAAGCUGAGCAACAUGGGCACUCUUAACUCGUCCAUGCAGUUCCGGAGCGCAGAGUCAGUUCGCAGCCUGCUCUCUGCCCAGCAGUACCAGGAGAUGGAGGGAAACCUCCACCAGCUCAGCAACCCCAUUGGCUACAGAGACCUGCAGUCCCACGGAAGGAUGCAUCAGAGCUUUGAUUUUGAUGGAGGGAUGGCGGGCAGCAAGCUGCCAGGGCAGGAGGGCGUGAGGAUCCAGCCCAUGAGCGAACGCACCCGGAGAAGAGCUACUUCACGCGACGACAACCGCCGUUUCCGACCUCACAGGUCCAGGCGUUCCCGACGCUCUCGCUCCGACAACGCCCUCCACCUGGCCAGCGAACGCGAGGCCAUCUCCCGGUUAAAAGAUAGGCCCCCUCUGAGAGCCAGGGAGGACUAUGACCAAUUUAUGCGCCAGCGGAGCUUCCAGGAGAGCAUGGGGCAUGGGUCCCGGAGGGACCUGUACGGCCAGUGCCCUAGGACUGUGUCGGACCUGGCUUUGCAGAAUGCCUUUGGGGACCGCUGGGGACCCUACUUCGCCGAGUAUGAUUGGUGUUCCACCUGCUCCUCCUCUUCAGAGUCUGACAACGAGGGCUAUUUCCUAGGAGAACCCAUCCCCCAGCCAGCGCGCCUGCGAUACGUCACAAGCGAUGAGCUGCUGCACAAAUACAGCUCCUACGGCCUCCCCAAAUCUUCCACAUUAGGUGGCAGAGGACAGUUGCACAGCAGGAAAAGACAGAAGAGCAAAAACUGUAUCAUUUCUUAAUAUGAUUGGGAUCAGGGAAUGGGAGAAGAUGGGAGCUAAGAAUGUAAAGUCAGAAACUUGCACUGUUUUAAAGGUUAAAGCGCUUUUGGGGGUGGCUUAUGGGGGAGAAAAGGGAAAAUGCUGUCAGUAGAUGGAGGCAAGGUUACAGAUUGACUCAAUAGGUAGUCACAGUUCUUGGCAUGUUGAAUAUUAUUUGCACAUUUCACUUUGGAAACACAGUAGACUCUAUCGAGGCCAGGGUUGGUCACUUCCUUCCCAUCAGUUCUGUGUUAAGUUGCCAUCUCUCAAGAUGGUAAAUUGUUUCCUGCUCGCUUUUAUCCUCUCUGGUUCUCUUACUUUUAGGACCCUUUUUUCAGUAAGUAAUUUGUUUAUUAGCCAGGACCCAAGACUAAGUUAUUUACAUGUCCAUUGUAAAUGCAAUGUAAAUGAGAGUUCUGAUAAAAUAUUUUUGUAUUUUGUAAUAUCAAAGGAAUUUCUAUAUCGUAGGACUCAGUGGGGACUUGCAUGCACAUCCACCAUUGUCUCUGAGUAGUAUUGAAAUGUGGCCCGGUACCACCUUUUUUUUUUUUUUUUCUAUACAAAUUUGUUACAUGUCAGUGAGACCUUUUUCAAAGGAACAUAUUCAAUUUGGCUUUUUGUGGCUGAAAAAACGUAACUAUUAGACCCAAAGCAUUUUAUGCUCCGUUCCAUCUUAAGGAGCCAUCCUUAAGUCUGCUCCCACCCUCAGUAGAAUUUAUUUUCUACAAAGUGGUAGUAAUUUUUUUUAAAUUGCAAAUGUAAUUUUUGCCAAUUAGAGAAACCAACCGGUGUCAGUAAAAUUCUGUGAGAAAUGCCAUCCCUGCUGGGAAUGUUGAAGUUACUUAAUGUUGAUCUAUCCCUUGGGGAAAGUAAAAGUGACUGUGAGUGGUGCCGUUGUGUGAUGUCAGCAUGACGUUGUUUUGAAUGUGGCAUUAUGUUCUGGUGCUCAUGUUUCCUGGAUUGUAUUAUCUGCUUUCCUUUACCAAGGCAGACAGAACUGCUGCCUUAGCCUGACAACCGGUUGUCCUCAAAGCAAAUGAACUUAAGCAUUUGGGAUUGAGGGACAGAAGGAUUCUGAGGGGGCUCUGCGAGGGACGGUGUGUGACAUGUCAUGCCUGGAGAAGGAACAAGGCUAUUUGAAACCAGAAGGCAGGUCAAGGGUAGAAGAUAAAGGAGAAUCUGAAGGCAGGUCAGGGAAAAGAAGAACUGGAAAUGAAACAGAGGACAGGUGACAACCACCUCGAAGAGCUCCCAGAGAUUGUAGAAAGAGUCCAGUGUAACCAGCUUAGUAACCAGAGUAUCUGGAUUACCCAGGAAGGUUGAGCUGCUGAGAUUUCAGUGGUGCAAUGUCUUUAAAAAAACAGGCUUUGUUGGGAGGGUAUUUCCAUUUUGAACUUUGAGGACUGUUGGUCAGAAAAUGGGCUCAAAAGUGAGUUUGCUUAAUGAAGACAUUUAACGGUUGUGCUGUUUAUAGUAAAAUAAAACUCCCUACCUUGCUUCAGUUAAAAAUGAAGCACUUGGUUUCUUCCAUCCUCCUCCUCCCCUUAAUGGAUUGUGGCAGUUGAAAUAAUCCAUCGGAGGACCCACCUGUAGUGAGAUGUACUGUCGAUGUAGUGCCCGGUGUAUCUCAGUGGCCAUCUGCCAUGGUGAGGUGAGCGUGAUCUCUUUUCAGUAUAGUAGUUAACAUUUUCUAGUAUUUUUUAUGGAGAGAAUGUCAAAAGUGGCAUUUCAGACCCCGUCCCAGAUGGGUCUGAGGAAAGGAAGGCUGUAAAGGACAUGGUAAUGGCACUCCAUUCGGGAUGUAUUAAAAUAAUUUGCUUUUCAGGUAUUAAUAUGACAUUUGUCAUUGUCACUGAUUUUUUUAAAAAAGCAAUGCACAUGUUGGUUGUGGCUGUUUUCCGCAUGCUAUCUUCAUAUCUAAAUGCUUCAUUAAUUAUCCGAGCCUCCGGAGAAUUAACUCUAUUACGUUUGUAUAGUAAGUUUGUAAACUGCUUGGCAAACUGAUUAAGAAAUAAUUUGCAAUACCGUGCUACUAAAGUGGCAGGUUUCUGGUAGAAAUUGUGCGAGUCCAAUUUGGAGUUUUAAGUUCCUUGAUUGAUGAAACUAAAAAGGCAAUUUUGGAAAAAGAGAGGGGGAAAAGUAGAUCACUUAUCUUAGCAAACGGUUGAAAAUAUGUCUGUCCUCUGUGGCCCCAAAUCCAGUGAAAGAAAUUCUCCCAGUAAAAGUUGCUUCCUAACUCUGUUUUUCUCAGAAUACCUCUUACCUUUCUCAAAGAAAGCUUCAACCACCAUCAGCAGAAAGAAGGUGGCCUAAAAACUGACACAUGGCCAGUGCCCAGAGGGGUCUGGAGGCAUAAGUCUAGAUGCCCAGAGAGCAUCCAGGCACUGAACUGCUCAGAGCUUGAGAUGAAAUGACAUACAAGCUUCAGGGUAAAACUGUCUACUAGCAAGAUGACCUCCCUCUAUUCUACCAUUGCAGAUUUCUUCUGACCCCAAAUGCAACCUUACAGAGAAUGCUGAAUGAGGAAGGCCAAUUCCUUACAAUGAUGGCAGAACCUCCAAGCGAAUGCCCUAUUGAGGAGAAGGACAUCAUUGUAUUUGGAAUUCUGCCUGCUAGUGAUAGCUCACACAUCACAUCCCAGAAUCCCACUCCCAAUGCAUUCUUUCCUGAGGCAAGAACUUAAGGUCCUCACCUAAUUCCUCCAUCACAACCAUGAACUCUUAUUGGACAAGCUCCUCCUGUGAGUGGGGCCUGUACUCACUUCCUCUUAGAUCAUAAUUCCAUCUUCAACAGACUGAUUUCCAGAAUAGUAAUCUUUUUCCAGUGUUCUCUCUUCUCCAAUGCCCUGGUUGUUAUUUUUCCCACCUCUCCUAGUAUUGAUCUUCUUGUCUUUUGGUUAGAACUGCAACUUCGGAGUUGAGUUCAUUUCCUAUUGCUGCUCAAUUCAGUAGCAACAUAGCUGGCUUGUUCCCAGACCCAGGAAGUAUAAGUCAUUGACAGUUUCCCGAGUGGCUCUGCCAAUCCAUACCACCCUUGGUACUGUGAAAAGGCUUCUUGGCAGCCAGGUGGCAUUGAGGAUGGUAUUCAGGGCGCUUUCCUUCUGUCAUAUAGUUGUGGGAUCUCUACCAAGUGUGAAGGUGAAUGAGGUAAGGGAGAUCAGAACCAUGCUUCCUGGUUUUUCAUACGUCCAAGGAAGAAGUCCUGGUGUGGGUUGUUUGACACCUUCUUUCCACUUUCACCUUUUAUUUUUUAUUCCUUCCUUUCUACGCCCGACCAGUCGAGCAAAUGAGCAAUUUUGUGUUUCUAAUACAGGAUCUGGAAGUAGUGCUUUCUAAUCCUCAUUUCCUGUAGGAUGUUCCUGCACUAUAACAAGAUUAUGUUUUCUUCCUUCUGCAGCAGCUUUCUGCUUCUUGGGUACUACUAGCUAUUGUUCAAUUCAGGUGAGGCCUGUGAUGACAUAUAUGUAGCAUGUGCUCUGCGCUCCCUGCAAGCUGAGCAGAUACAACCAAUGCAUCACUGUAUACUCUUGCUGAGAAUGUGGAUGCAGCCUCACAGAUCUUUGCAACACUCCAACCAGCCAGGACCAGUUGAUCAGAACUGAUCUUAUUGGUCUGAUAACCAAUCUUAUGUGUGAACUGAUUCAUAUCUGUCUUUCCACUCUUGGUUCUCUUGCCAUAGAACAAAAACAGUUUAGGAAGCAUAAUUACGAACAUUUAGGAACCAAUAUGUAUAAGUAAUUCAGAGACUCCAAUUCACCCGCCCCUCCCCCAUCCCAGGUUGUGGAGGCUCGAGGAAGCUGACUUCUUAGGCUAAAGGACAAAAAAAUCUCUUUACCUCCUUUGCCAUGUUCAUGUUCUCUGCCAAUUACUAUAGGCAGUCUCCAUUUUGCAGAGGUGAGAUAAGACUUCAUCUUAUUCUACAUGUAAUCCCACCUUCUAACAAAAAAUAAAUAAAUAUUUAAAUUCCAAGGAGAAGUGUUCUUUGUGUAUUUCUAGCAGAAAACAGAUGCUUAAGCCUAAGAAGGAAGAUCCGUCCAUGACAAAGGAAAGUGGAAAACUGAACCAGUUAUCUGAAUACUUCAUGCCAGGACAGUUGCUAUUAGCAACUGUUUUGCACCUUCAGGGCUUUAAAAUGGGCUCUGCAGACAGCAUUUGCAUAAGCAAGACUCAGUAGCCAAGCCUCCACUGCCAAUUGUUGAAGGCAGUUUCAGAUCGCCACCUUUUGAGGUACAUUUCUUUAAGCACAAGAGAAGUAGAAAUGGCCUUUGCCUUGUCUCCAGUGGUUUGUCCCUCUGGUGCCUCAGCAGACACCAGAGCUUAUUCUUAUGACCAUUUGGAAGUAGUCUUCAAAGUAAAGAUCAAGAAAAAAUUGGAUUCUUUUUCCAUUUUCUCAUAAUAGUAGCCUAGUCAACACAAGACUCCCAUAAAAUAUGACUCACUAUUGGGAGCCAUACUAUUUUAUAAGCUUACUUCCUGCCGACAGAACUAGCUUUCCUCAAGGAAAUAUAAAGGAGGGGAAAGUCACAUAGUGUUAGGAAAACAUUUCUGUGUUUUGAAUAACGAUGAAUCCAUAGGAUAGAGAAAAAUCUUCUUGUUCUAUUCUGAGAGUUCUCUGAGAUAUCCCUUCACUCUGCUCGGCAUUUGGCCAUUGAUAUUCAACAGGUCACUGACCACGCUUUUCUAAAUUUUUCAGAGAGAGUUACUUACCAAUAAGGUCUGUUCUUAAACCUACCUAGUUGAUUUUCACAUCUUUCCAUAAAGUGUCAUGAUUCAAUCAUAGACCCUGACUUAACAUUGUAAGGACUAUGAGUCCUCCAUUUUUUUAAUUAAUUUUUUUUUAGCAAAUUAGGACUUCGGCAGGUUUUCCUCUCCUAAACUCAUUCUUUCCUCCACAGGAUUGCUUUGUCCAUCUCCUGCUUUCAUUUCAAGUGCAUAAACAAAACCUCAAAGGGCCUGGGAAGGUGAGGCAGGCCAGAGUCUGUGUUCUGUGUUGAGUGUCAAGCUAUUUGUUAAGAAGGUCUGCAACAGGCCUUUGGUGUGGGCUCUGCCAGAGACUGUUCUGAACACUUUGCUUGAGAUCUGUGCCCUGUAAAAUGGAUAUGAUGUUUUACUGAUGUCUGUAAUACAUUUGUAAACUUCCAAUAAAAUUUGAAUAAAAGAAA